AUGUCGUGUUACGUGGGGGCUGUAUUCGUGGAUCAGAUGCCGAAAGAGACCUCGCGAUCGCUACCGUCGGGUUGUCAGGAAGAAGGCGAAGAAGGACCCAAUUGGGAGGGCGAAGUCGUCAAAGAAAACAGCGGAGAUUAA